AUGGAUUCUUUUCUAAAAACCGGAAAAAUCAACCAAGAUCAACAAUCAACUAGCAGUGGUCUCAAGAGUAAAGAUGGAUCACGAGGAAUUUCUAAUAGCACCACACCUUGGGUGGAGAAAUAUCGACCUCGUACAGUUGAUGAGGUAUCUGAGCAGUCAGAGAUUGUGGCUGUACUAAAACAAUGUUUAGAACAAGGUGCCGAUAUGCCUCACUUAUUGUUUUAUGGACCACCUGGAACUGGUAAAACUAGUACCAUAAUUGCAGCUGCCCGCCAGCUAUUUGGAGAUAUGUACAAAAACCGAAUGCUUGAACUUAAUGCAUCUGAUGAUCGUGGUAUUCAAGUUAUUCGAGAUAAAGUUAAAACUUUUGCACAGCUUACAGCUUCUGACCGAAGACCAGAUGGUAAACCUUGUCCGCCAUUUAAAAUUGUUGUGUUAGACGAAGCUGACUCAAUGACAGCACCUGCUCAAGCAGCGCUUAGGCGUACCAUUGAACGAGAGACAAAGACUACUAGAUUUUGCCUUAUUUGCAAUUAUGUGAGUUGCAUUAUUGACCCAUUGACAUCUCGUUGCUCCAAAUUCAGAUUCAAACCUUUAUCGCAUGACAUAAUGCUAACUCGUCUUGAGCACAUAUGUAAUGAAGAAGGAGUAAAAUGUGCACCACGGGUGCUGGCACGAUUGGUUGAUGCUUCCGGUGGAGAUAUGCGUAGGGCAAUUACAUCACUCCAAAGCACAGCUAGAUUGAAAGGAGAAGAUGGUAUUGAAGAAGUAGAUGUUCUAGAAGUGGUUGGCACUGUUCCAGACGUCUGGUUAGAUCGUAUGAUAGAUAUGGGUCGCAUGUACGACUAUCAAAAAAUGGAUGGUUUUGUGGAAGAUCUAAUAUUUGAGGCAUAUUCAGCAUCUCAGAUUUUAGAGCAAUUGCAUGAUAAAAUAGUGUUUUCAACAGAUUUAAAAGACAAUCAGAAGGCAAUAAUUUGUAAAUCUAUAAGUAUUUGUGCUUAUAGACUACAAGAAGGUUGUAGUGAAUAUGUCACUCUUUUAAAUCUAUUAUGUUCAGUUGCUAAAGCAUUAAAAGGUUAA